CUGAUCCUGUCUACAUUCAUCUCCCUCACGGCACAGGAAAAGGACGAAGCGUUGUCGCGUUUGCUUCGUGUAUGUCAGGAAUGUUACAUGAUCAUCAAUUUUAACUGUAAAAUAUAGUGAAGCGAGGGAAAUGUUCACCAGAUGUUUUUCUUAGUUCAUAAUCGUCGGCAACAACACCUUUUGGUCUCGAAAUACUUUAUCUGCGAUGGGAAAGGCAACUUGUCUGAGCCAAACGUUUGUUAUUUAAAGUUUGAUUUGUAAUAAAUUUACACGUUUAAUUUGUCUCUACUAGAGGCUUUAAAUUACAUUUUGAUGAUUGUCAUGUUCAUUUAAAAGUUCCAUCCCAUCUUAAUGAGUCCGAUCAGCUGGGAUGGCAGCAGCCUCUAAAACAGCAAUUCAUUGGUUCCUUCAGUUUGUCUUGGGGAGAAAAUACCUUGUAAGAGACUGGCAUUGUGAUGCCUUACAGAGGAAUUAAAAAGAAUGCGUGUGGAUGUGAGGAAUGAUAAUAUAAGAUUAGAAUAUGAAGGAGACAAGAAAGGAAAUGGUAGGUGUUCUGGCAUUAAUCAUCAAAUACUUUCUGGCCACAGGAAAAGUGCUUGGGGACUGGGGGACAGCUUAUAUGGAUGGUAUCAUCCUUCAAGAAGGGUGCUAGGGACCAGGAAACUACAAGUCAGUGAGUCUAACAUAUAUGGUAGGGAAACUAUUGGGGUAAAGAUGUUUGGAGGAUAGAAUUAAUGUCUACUGGAGAGGCAAAGAUAGGAAACAUAGGUUUGUGAGGGGGAGAUCAUACCUAAUAAAUUUGAUUUUUAUUUUGGGAAAUGUCUAGGUUUGUAUAUGAGGAUCAUGUAGUUAAUGUAGUCUACGUGAUCUUCUGUAAGGCUUUUGACAAAAUCUUGACAGACUGCUUAAGAAACUGAGCCCAUUGAAUCCAGGACAAUUUGGCAAAUUGGAUCCAAUACUGACUUAGUGGCAGGAGGCAUAGGGUGAUGGUCAAAGAAUGGUUUUUGUACCACAGGGUCCAGUGCUGGUGAGCAAAUGUGAGGUUUUGCACUUUGGAAAAAAGAAUACAGGCAUGGACAAUGUUCUAAAGGGUGAGAAAAUUUGUAAAGCAGUGUUGGUCCAGGAUUCUCUAAAGGUUAACUAGCAGGUAGAGUCCGUGAUCAAGAAAGCGAAUGUAAUGUUGUCGUUUAUCUCAAGAUGGCUGAAAUGUAAAAGCAGUGAUGUGCUUCUGAGGCUUUAUAAAGCUCUAGUUAGGCCCCAUUUAGAAUACUGUGUCCAAUUUUGGGUCCCACACCUCAGGAAGGACAUAUUAGCCCUGGAGCGUGUCCAGCGGAGAUUCACAGGGAUGAUCCUUGGAGUGGUAGGUUUAACGUAUGAUGAAUGGCUAAGGAUCCUGGGAUUGUACUCACUUAGAGUUUAGAAGGUUGAGGGGAGAUCUAAUAGAAACUUACAAGAUAAUGUGUGGCUUAGAAGGGUUGGACGCUAGGAAGUUGUUUCCGUUAGGCGGGGAGACUAGGACCCGUGGGCACAGCCUUAAAAUUAGAGGGGGGAAAUUUAAAACUGAAAUGAGAUGACAUUUCUUCAGCCAGAGAGUGGUGGGCUUGUGGAAUUCAUUGCCACGGAGUGCAGUGGAGGCCAGGACUUUGGAGGCCUUCAAUGGAGAGAUCGACAAAUUCUUGAUCUCAGAAGGAAUCAAGGGCUAUGGGGAGAGUGCCAGGGAAGUGGAGUUGAAAUGCCCAUCAGCCAUGAUUUAAAUGGUGGAGUGGACUUGAUGGGCCAAAUGUCCUUACUUCCACUCCUAUGUCUUAUGGUUGUGUGGUAAAUAGUGAGGAAAGCCUUGGAAUACAGGAUGAUGUCGAUGGGUGGAAGAGUGGAAUAUUAAAUUCAGUCCUGAACGCAAGAGCUUUUGGGAGGACUAACAAGGCAAUGGCUACAAACUGAAUAGUAGGAGCCAAGGAAGUACUGAAGAUCAGAGGGAUCGUGGUCUGCAUUUUCCUGAAUCCUUGAAGGUAACCUGACAAUUACACAAGGCAUUAAGGCAUCGGGGUAUUUGCUUUUAUUAAUCAAGGCAUUUGAAUACGUGAGGACGGAGGUUGUGACAAACCUGUAUAUAAUGUUUGUUAGGGCACAGCUGGAGUACUGUAAGCAAUUCUGGUUGCCAAGCUGCUAGAAGGAUGUGACUGCAUUACAGUGGGUGCAGCAGAGAUUCACCAGUGUAUUGCAUGGUCUGGAGUGAUUUGUUUGAGGGAGACUAGAUAACCUGGGGUCAUUUUCCUUAGAGCAUAGUAAGGCUGAGGGAGGAACCUGACUUGAGGCGCCCAAAAUUCUGAGUGGCAUUGGUAGGGUGGAUGGGAAAUGUUUUUCCACUUGAUAGAAGGGUCAAUGACAAGGGAGCACAAUUCUAAAGUAAAAAGCAGGAGAUUUAAAAGGAGACUUGAGGACAUACAUUCACCUAGAGAGUGGUGGGUAUCUGGAGCUCACUGCCUCUCAGGUUGGUAGAGGGCAGAACUCACAAGACAUUUAAUGGAUAGUUUGAUGAGCCCUUGAAAUGUAUACAAUGCUAUGGGUCAAGUGCUGGGAAAUGUCAGAAGGACCAGAGGAUGCAAGUACCAGUAACGGCUAGUCUGCUAGUUUUGCAUUUUACUCUUUCUUGCAUCAAAUUUCACUAGGGAUGUGGGUAAAUAACACUGAGAACACCCCCGAUUUGUUAAUUGUGAUAAUCAAGGUUGUUAAAGAGAUCGUUUGAAGGCUACGUUCUGAUAUUUCAGCUUGAGCUUCACAUCAGGUUUGGGUGAAUCCACAGCUAAUCUUGGCAGCUCUAAUAACUUUGGUAGGCCUACUGAAAAGAAGAAUGACUUUUAGGCACUUCAGCCACUUGCAUGUAGAUGCCGUAUUCAGUCAGUGAAGGUCACAAGGAAUGUAGUCAGUCAGUAUUCGGACAGUGCAGAGGUGCAGGUAUCACCGGGGCUUAGGAAAAGGUGGCAGAUUUUUCAAGCACAGUUGGGCGGCCACCUGAACACAAGACAGCAGCUGGAAAUCAUAACUGUCUCAUUCUGUUUCCAGUGGCAAGGAAGAGAAGAAACAUCAUAUGUGUGAAGGGCAGAGCUCCAUACGUCAUCAGGCCAGAAGAGAGGUACAGGUAGCAACAGGAAGCAAACUGAUGCCAUUUUAUUAGCACAGGAUUUGCUGCUGAAGAAGCUACCUUGAGAUGACAGAGAAGUAGUGCUGUAACAAACUGCAAAUUUUCAGGCAGAUGGUCAGAGAUUUGUGCCCUCACGCAGAAGACCUUAUACCUCACAUCACUGCUUAUCAUUUCCAGCCUCUGGUUGUCAACAUUGUUGUAACCUUGAAUGCCUUCCUCUCUGGCUCAUCUAAGGAUCAGCUGCAUACCUCACCAGAUGCACAACCAAUGCAACAGCUGGUCUAUAUGUACACUUCUGUACAGAUGGGAUCUCUCAAACUGAGACGGUAGUGGAUUUAACCACCAUCGCUGGAUUCCUCUAGGUGCAGGGAAUCAUCAUUGCUUGGACCUAUAUGGCCAUCAGAGGACCAACUGACCACCCAGUGAGGUACUUAAAGAGGACAUAUUCCAUUUCCAAACACUCGAAGCCUGUGACCACAACAAAUGAACCUCCACAUUGGUUGCUUGCUUGCUUGCUUGGCUACUGUUGUGCUUCCACCAUCAGCUGCUAGUCAAGGAUGCUGCAGCUGUUCUUUUCACCUCAUUAAACCCCACCCGUGGAUUAUAGGAAAUAUGUGAUGAAUCAGCAUUUCUCUAGAUCGGAGCUCAGCUGCCACAACUGAAAAAUGUCUACUCUGAACUCUGUCCCUUAUUAUCCAUCGACUUUGUAUUAAUCUUGCCACAAGAGCUGGUGGAAAGAAUCUUUUCAUAUUUGUCUGCAGAUGAUCUGUUCAGGAUGGCAUGCUGUAACAAAACUUGGAGGGAAUUUACAAACACUGACAUUUUGUGGCAGCCACUGUGUGCUGUUCAAAACUGGCUUAAUUUUGACACUGAUCAACAACUCUUCUCCAAGAGCCCAUAUAGUUACAGUCCCACAGGUCUCACAUCUCCAAGAUACAGUACUGCUACUUUUUCUGAUUUUCCAUCUUUGUCCCUAACUUGCCGAUGGAAAGAUAUUUACAUUAGGGCUUGUCACCUGAAUCAAAAUUGGGCACUGGGUAGAUAUACAGUUUUACCUUUACUUCGAGGUCAUCAAGAAAGAGUGGAUUGCCUCGAUUGUGAUGGAAAACGGCUUGUUAGUGGAAGUUCAGACAAAACUGCCCGUGUAUGGGAUCUAUUCACUGCAAAUUGUCUACAUGUACUGGAUAAUCAUACAGAUGCUGUAACAAGUGUUUGCAUUAAGGAUGAAGUCAUUGUAACAGGUUGCGCUGACAGCUUGAUUCGAAUUUUCCAGACAGAAACUGGUAGUUGUCUACGAGCACUGAUGGGUCAUAACUCAGGAAUUGAUCAUCUCUGUUUUGAUGGAAUACAGGUGGCCAGUGCCAGCUCGGAUAGAACUCUUCGUGUUUGGUCUAUUCAAGAUGGCCACUGUAGGAAAGUUCUACGAGGUCAUGAAGAUGAAAUUCAGUACUUGACUAUGAAAAAGCAUCUUGUUGCUAGCACAUCGUGGGACCACACAAUAAGAAUGUGGAAUAUACAAGCUGGAGAAUGUAUAGCUGUUCUAAAAGGCCAUACAGAAGUUGUGAACUGCUGUCAGUUUGACUGUCGAUAUCUGGUGAGUGGUGGAGGAGAUUGCUUAGUGCUUAUCUGGUCAACAGAAAGUGGAAGAUUGCUGUGCAAGUGUCAAGGACAUACCGGGGAUGUGUACUGUUUGAUGUUUAAUGAGAAGACAAUCUGCUCUGGUUCUUCAGAUAGCACCAUUCGAGUCUGGGACUUUGCAGGAAAAUGUCUGUUUACCAUGUCAGAACACAUUGGGGUAGUGAGGUGCCUACACCUGGAUGGAAAUAGACUCGUCAGUGGUGGUGACAGAAAGAAGAUUUUAGUCUGGGAUGUGGCGAAUGGGAAAUUAGUCAAUGCAGUCCAUAGGAAUCCAUCUCUCCUUCACAAGAUCUGGAUUAAUCAGACAAAGAUCAUUACAGCUUCUCCUGAAUCACCAGGAAUUUUAACUAUUUUGAGUUAUUGGUAAAUGAUCAGUUACUGUUCUAUAUCUUUAAAACUAGGGAAUAUUAAACUCAUAAUUAACAUUAUACAAGCCAAGUUAUUCAUGAUUAUUUUGUGAUUAAAUAAGCAUGAAUACUGAAUAGAAUUUAUGGCAUAACAUCUGUGAUAUUUUUCAAGAAACCGAAGUGAAACGUUGAACAUACUUCAAAUCAACUCCAAAUCCACUGGGCUGCAUCUGUACUAAGAAAAGCUCAAUCAGUUAGUUUUCUAACACUGGCAUCUUUCUGACAUUAGUUUGAUAAGUGCUAAAGUGCAGAGAAUUUUUCUCAAAAUAAAACAAAUUGAUUAAACUCAAUUUCACUGUUGUAUGACUCAGAAGACAUGAAGAUUCUUUAUUCAAUGCAAGUUCUUAAUUUGGAAGCUAUCAACCUGAAUACUUAUGACCACAAAACAAUUUGCUAAAAUCAUCCUUAUGUGUAAAGAUUCUCUGAAUUGGUUUCUACUUGAAGCAAGCCUUUAGCCCAAGUUCCUUGGGUUUCUCCCACUCUAUUGCUGUGACAGAUGAGAGUUCGACAGAAAUUCCGUUUGCAACAAAAACAUCCAACUGCUGACUACAGGAAGCCUCAAUUUCUUGUCUCUCCUGAUUUCUCCGUAGCCAGUUCCUGACUAACUAUUGUGAAAAAUCUUUCAUAUGAUUGUAAUAUAUUGUUUGUAUAUGAACUCUGAUAUUUAUCGCAGUGUAGAGAUAAAACUUUUUUAAA